AUGACUGCUGAAAAUCUUAGAUGUAUGGAUGAUGAAAAGUUUCCCUGGCCUUCCCCGACUCCGACGCCAUUCCAAACGGUACGGACACAACUUGGGGUGUCGAUAUGCAUGCCUUCUCCGUACAAAUCCACUAGAAUCCAUGAUGCCGUUGUUCAAAAUAAUGACAUUGCCGCCGUGCUCUCCCACCAAGUCGACACAUUCACUCUUGUCUCUGCAUCCUUCCUCUUUGCGGCUAGAUCUUCCGUGAAUCCGCAAAAGUCAAACGGUCCAUCACCUGGCCGUGAGCAGAGUACUCGUAACGUAGAACUGAAAAGGCAUAAUUUGAUCCUUUAUGGCCUUGUAUUCAAACGGCGCUACCCUGACUACAAGACUUUGGCAGAGACUGGGCAAGGCGAUAAACUCGAACAGUUGAUUGUAAAGCUCCCACUUACCUGUACUCUUGUGACGUUUGGGGUUACAGGCGCCCCCAUUGUUUGGACAGGCGUAUUUGGUGAAAAGCGACUCGUACCUGCACUCUUCUCGGACCCUGACGCCAAAGCAACUGUAGCAAUAACAAUUAAGAACACCUUGCGCGAAAAUUUCCGUAUCUUUGAUGAGCAGUAUAAGAAGCUCGCUCCAAACUUGCGUCAAAUAUCCUCCAUCCAACCCUCCCCACGAGCUAAACUUGGCCCUCCACCGCGUCUACCAGACCCGGUAUCACGGCUUAAAUCUGCUGAUGAUCCAGCCGGGAAAUGGGGGCUUAUGACCUGGGAACUCUCGUCCUUUAUGAUUACCUCUCCGACACCCUCCAAGCACUACAGUACAUAA